AUGCUGCUGGCCUUGCACACGAUUUUCAUUUUCCCCAUGUGGUUGACGAAAGAGCUGGCCGAACAGAAUUCAAAGUUCCAGGUUGCCAAGUGGUUCUUGGACAUCCGAAUCCAAGACAUGUACCAGAUACCGCACGUCAUGGCCUUGCGUGAUGUGAUAUUCGGUGCAUACGGGGUACACCAUACUUGCCGGUAUCCAAGGCUAGCUGUGGGCGCAUCACUUUCAGUCAAUCACUUCAGUUGGUCCCCUCAAUUGGGCACCUCAACUCAAUCAGCUCUUCGUCGUUUCCCUCACGCCACAGGUCCAGUCCCGAUGGACACAAGUCUUGACCUGCUUCCAGAUCCCAACCCAGAUCCGCCUCGCCAAAGCUUCCGUCUCCAUCACGACAAACGAAUCACGUCGAGACUUGCAGCAAUGCCACCCGCGCUAAACCGUCCAGGCACUUUUGCCUCCCAGGGACAUGCCAUGGCACACCCCUUAAAACCUGAAAGCAUCAAUCGAUCCAGAAUCGAGACGACACGCAAUCCCCUCGAUCGUCUGGCUGGGCCGUCCAUCCGCAUCUCCGUCCAAGCUGCCAGGAGACAGACAUGUCAUAGCAAACCAUGA